AUGCUGUUUUCCGUUGGAUAUUGUUUAAAGCUUCGUAUAAAUUUACCGGUUUUCCGGAAUUUUUUGCACACGUCUAAUCCUCGUCAAAACGAAUGGCAUCUUCGUCCUCUACCUUUGAAUCUCAAAUCUCCUGUUCCGAGUGAUAUAGAAAUCUCUAGAGCACAAACUCCGAAAGAUAUUAAUAUCCUUGCACAGGAAAUCGGAUUGACGGACGACGAAUAUUCAUUGUACGGCAAAACAAAAGCCAAAAUCAAUUUGAACGUGGUCAAAAGAUUAAAGGACACGCCUAAUGGAAAAUACGUUCUCGUCGUCGGUAUAACUCCCACUCCUUUGGGAGAGGGUAAAAGUACGACAACAUUGGGAUUGGUUCAAGCAUUAUCUGCUCAUCGUGAUAAAAAUUCAUUUGCAUGCAUACGACAGCCUUCUCAAGGGCCGACAUUUGGCAUCAAAGGAGGAGCAGCAGGAGGUGGCUAUUCUCAGGUUAUUCCAAUGGAAGACUUUAAUUUGCAUUUAACUGGUGACAUACAUGCUGUGACUGCCGCCAACAACCUUCUUGCCGCCCAAAUCGAUGCUCGAAUCCUUCACGAAACUUCUCAAAGUGAUAAAUCACUUUACGACCGUCUCGUCCCAACCGUAAGAGGGAAAAGACAAUUUUCUAAAAUUCAAUUAAAAAGGCUUCAAAAAUUGGGAAUUUCAAAGACUGAUCCCGAUUCUCUCACGCCGGAAGAAGCCGGAAGAUUUUCCAGAUUGGAUAUAGAUCCGAAAACUGUAACGUGGAGAAGAGUCGUGGAUAUAAAUGAUCGUUUUUUGAGAAAAAUAACCGUUGGACAAUCGCCCACGGAAAAAGGAUUACAUCGCGAAACGGCAUUUGAUAUAUCCGUGGCAUCCGAAGUCAUGGCCAUAUUGGCUUUGUCUACGAAUUUAGCGGACAUGAAAGAAAGAUUGGGAAAAAUUGUUGUCGGAUUUAGUAGGAAAGGGGAAGCGGUAACUGCAGAAGAUUUGGGAAUGACGGGAGCUAUGGCUAUUUUAUUAAAGGACGCUAUUCAACCUACUCUCAUGCAAAGUUUGGAAGGCUCUCCUGUGCUCGUUCACGCCGGCCCAUUCGCCAAUAUUGCCCACGGAUGUUCUUCUAUAGUGGCCGAUGCAGUGGCUCUCAAGUUGGUCGGAAAAGAUGGGUACGUCGUUACGGAAGCAGGUUUUGGAUCGGACAUAGGCAUGGAAAAGUUUUUAAACAUCAAGUGCAGAAUUUCUAACUUUUUGCCGAAUGUCGUUGUCUUGGUUGCAACAAUCAGAGCUUUGAAAAUGCACGGAGGAGGUCCAAAAGUCACUCCCGGGAGUCCACUGGCGAAAGAAUACGUCGAAGAAAAUUUAACCUUGUUGGAAAAAGGUUUACCCAACUUAGUGAAACACAUUGAAAAUGCAAAAAGGUUUAACUUACCAGUCAUCGUAGCCAUAAAUUCAUUUGUCACGGAUUCCGAUCGCGAGUGCACUCUUGUGAAAAAUAUCAGUUUACAAAACGGAGCUUUCAGAGCUGUUACGUGCACUCAUUGGGAACACGGUGGACAAGGUGCCGAAGAACUGGCCGAUGCGGUCAUUGAAGCCUGUCAAGAACGUAACGAAUUUCAAUUUUUGUACGAUUUGUCUCUUCCGAUAGAGGAAAAAGUUAAGAAAAUCGCCAAGGAAAUCUACGGUGCAGGAAGUGUCGAAUUCGUUCCAAAGGUCAAGGUUUUAAUGUCGGAUUACGAAAAAUACGGAUACGACAAACUUCCGGUUUGCAUGGCUAAAACUGCUUUGAGUCUGAGCGGAGAUCCCAAAUUAAAAGGAGUACCUAAAGAUUUCACGUUGACGAUUAACGACAUGUUCGUAUCUGCCGGCGCGGGUUUCGUCGUGCCCAUGGUCGGAGAAAUAACUAAAAUGCCGGGUCUAUCCACGAGACCAAGUGUCUACGAUAUGGAUUUAGAUACCGAAACGGAAGAAAUUCAAGGCUUGUUUUAA